UCCUGAUUCACAACAAUUAUCAGACAUUCUCCGAAGUUUCAAGCUUAAUAUGUCCUCCUUCGUCAGAAAAAUGCAACCAAGAACACCAUUUACAUCAGAGUGGGUCUUCAAGAUUUAUGUCAAUGAAAUCUAAAGAUGGAUAAACAGUAACGACAGCGGGGGUGUCGAUGAGUUUGGCCGCUGUGUUACAUUAGACGGGUGGUUAUCGAUCGCGCUCUGCUGCAGGAAGGCCACCAGCUUUCCGGGAGAGAGCUGGAAAUGUGAGCUCUUCGUCCUUUCUUUGCCCUCACAUCCUUUUCAUCCUGGCUUUUGCUCCUGCACUUUUUGCACCCCCCCACCCCACCCUAUCCCAUUUGCAAUGUGUCCCCUCUCUCCAUGUGCAUCCUGCCUUCAGAAAGCUGGCCCGUGUAGAGGAGCAUGGCUGCAGCAGAGAGAAGAAUGCACGAGCUGAAAAAUAUUAACGUUGGAGCCACGCUGGUCAUUAGAAAAGAUGGUUUGAGCUGGUUUUCCGGACACAAAAUCGCCAGAAGGGAGGCGGAGCCUUGUUGGUUGAAGUCCUCAGGUGAGACGGUGCAAACCGAAGAGGGGGAGCAACAAACACUCAGCUGCGCCCUCAUUCUUCAUCCCGACAAAAGAAACGUAAAUAGGAGGCCGUGGAGACAUACGGAUCAAACACAGUGCUCCUGCUUUCCGUCAUCUUCUCACCGUGGUUCUCAGAAAAAGCAGAUCCAAGAAUCAGUGUUUGCUUUUCCAGAUCCAGUUCUCCCAGAAUCCCCAGAAACUCAGAAAGGACACUUUUUAAGUGUUAAAAACGUUUCCAGUGUGGUUCCCAACAACUUGAAUGUGUCAAACACACAAAACUCCAUGAAUAAGAAUAUAAUUAAUGGGUGCAUCAUUUUAUGUGAUGACUGGGAAGUUUUUCAGGAUUGGAGGAAAUUCACUGGACACCAAUGGACCAUGGAUAACAUGUUUGUAUCAACUCUAAAGCCCUCCAUCAUCCAAAAGUCUUUAAGCCCUAUUACUGAAGAUGCUGCCAAUGGAAAUUUAAUAAACCUUAGAAGUCAUCUGCAAAUCUGUCCAAAUUCCAAUGAUCCAGACGAGUCAGUAGAGCAAGAUGGAAACAUAAAACGGAAGAAAAGCGUGUCCUUCGAUGAAGACGUCACUGUGUACCUGUUUGAUCAGGAGACUCCAACAGUGGAGCUUCACUCUGGGUCCGACCCGUUUCUGCCAUGCAGCUGUUUUCAUCAGAUGCAGACAGUUGAGGAAGACUCUGGUUGGGAGUGGGAAGAUGACUUUCAGGCGUUGGAGAACACCCCUUAUUUUCAGACUGCUAUGGACCCUCACUCUGUCUCCCUGCCAUCCCUGGAUUGGACUUCCCCGUCCAGGCCGAAGAACCGGUCUGUGUCCCACACCUGCCUGGUCCUGACCUAUGUCACUGAGUCAGACCUUGAGCUGUGAGGCAAAAGGUUAAUUCAAGCUGAGGUCCUUCAAAGGGAGCAGCAGGAUGAAAUGCAAAAGAAAGGCAGGGAAACCCUCCAGGAGGCCCUGGUCCGACCCGGAGCCAGAACUUGAACCAGACACAGAGCCAGGCUCCAGUGAACAGGAAGGCUCCGAAGCCUCGGUCCGGAUCGGUGACUCCUGGAGGGGAUCUUUGAGGAGCAGGGAGGGGAGACGUCAGGGUGGAGUGGGUGGAGGCCGCCGGCGCAGACAACACGGCUCCAGCACCAAAGAGCGCAGCAUCAGACGGCUGGAGAGUAACGAGCGGGAGCGCCAGCGCAUGCACAAACUCAACAACGCCUUCCAGGCCCUGCGGGAGGCCAUCCCACACGUCAAGACGGACAAGAAGCUGUCCAAGAUCGAGACUCUGACCUUGGCUAAGAAUUACAUCAAAGCUCUAACCACCAUCAUCCUGGACAUGUCGGGGGCCUGCCUGCCUGCAGGCGGGGUCCCCUCAGAGGCCAGCACUGCCAAACUGCUUCAGUGCUACCAACAGCACCUGGAGGAGGAGGGCGAGGAUGGUCUCACCCAGUACCUCACACAGAUGCACAGCUUCAGCCAGGAGAAGUAGGAUGAAAACUGUCAGACGGAGGUCAGAAGAAUCCCUGUCUCUGGAUUUGGACUGGAUUCUGUUCCCCUCCUGGAUACGGGACAAAAUGCUUGAAUGUAAGUGUGGUUUUGAUGAUCGUUGGCCUAAAGACUGCAGUGAAGUGGACCAGCAUUAAGUGCAUUCAGAACCGAAAAGGCUCAUCUUCAGUGACGUUUCUCUGUGGGUUCAGGCGAGCAGUGGCCUUCUUCCCUUUUGUGUUUACUUCUGAUUUAAAUUUUUUUGGUAAAGUGGCAGUUUGAAAGACAAGCAGCUAAUACUAAUGUGAAUAUAAUUGGCGAUUGCUUUAGCUCCUAAUCUAUAAAAUUGAAAUUUGCGUUUAAAGACCAAAGACGGCUUUUGAAGUGUGUGCCAUUCCUUUUGUUGUGUGGGCUCAUCUUGAAGCAGGAAAGUCGAGGAAAAAACACUUGAUUUAAUGUCAAUAAACACUUUUAGUUAUUAA